AUGAUUAUGUUGAACAGGCAGAGACGACAACCCAAGAAAAAGUUGAAAUAGAUGAUUCUGUAGAAGUAAAUAUGGUGAAUACGAAUCAACAAAUUGCAAUAUCAACCUCUGUAUCAACACAAGUCAGUGAAAAUAUUGAUCCAUAUAUUAUGAAAGAGUCUACCAACCCAAUAUCAACAGGUCAAAAUGGACAAGAUAAAAAUGACGAAUCGUAUCAUCAACGUCCUUCUACAGAACAACAACAAGGAUUAUCUACAAGUAAUCCGAAUACACCAACUACCG